UUUAAGCAAUUCGACCACGUUGUCUGAUCAAGGUCAUAUAGUUUAAAAUAGUAUAGUUUUUGGUAUUGGGUCACGUGGUAUCCAUGUGAUAUAUCCAUAUAAGUAAUACAAAAAAAUUACGUGAGGUACCAGUUUACCCAUUUCUUGGCUAUCAUGACGUGAUGUAGGCGACAUAACAUAUUAUGAUAAAUAUCACUACUUUUCUCAGUAUCAGUUAAAAGUUUCUUGGAACUGAAACUCUUAAAAAGAGAUACUUAUAGUCUUACCGACGUCGAUGAUGGUAGGCGCAUUUUGAAUAUGGAUUUGACAAAAGCUGUAGCCAUUGUUGGCGUAGCUUGCAAUUUUCCGGGAGGUGAAGGUGUUGAUAAAUUUUGGGAGACUCUCGUGGAAUCCAAAAAUCAUCUCAAAAUCAUCCCAUCUGAGCGUUUCAACAUUAAUGCUUUCUAUGAUCCAAACAGGGAUGCCAAAGGGAAAACGUCUACAAAACAUGCUGCCUUUUUGGACAGUGUGUUCGACUUCGACAAUCGUCUCUUCAACAUUAAUGAGAUGGAAGCAUCCAGGUCUGACCCCCAGCAUAGAAUCACCCUGGAAUGUGUCUUCAAAGCCUUUGAAGACGGAGGUUUCCCUUUAAAUGAGAUAAGUGGCUCCAACACCGGCGUGUAUAUAGGUUCGAUGAACGAUGACUAUAGAGGUGUGACAGGGGAAACCUUCGACUCUGACAACUACAUGGCUACCGGUACGGCUAAAGCAAUCCUUGCAAACAGAGUGUCCUAUACAUUCAACCUGCUAGGUCCAUCGCUGGCUGUAGACACAGCAUGCUCAUCCUCGUUGGUAGCCAUACACCUGGCUAGACAGGCAAUAUUGGCAGGAGAGUGUGAUAUGGCAGUCUGUGGAGGUACGAAUGUAAUACUGACCCCUUACAUGUUUGUCAACCUUUCAAAGGCACGAAUGGCAUCUGAGAAAGGACAAUGCCAUGCUUUCUCAGAAGAUGCUGAUGGUUACAUUAGAGGCGAAGGGUGUGGCAUUGUGAUUUUGAAAUCUGUGGAACAGGCUCUGAGGGACAAUGACAGAAUAUGGGGAUAUAUCGGAACUGGAAUAAACUCAGAUGGUCGCUUUGAGACCCCGAUGACAGCCCCUUCCAUGGAAAGACAACAGAAACUUAUUGAAAAUGUCCUCGCAAAAAUGGAUGUUGAUCCUAAACACAUAGACUUUGUGGAAGCUCAUGGAACCGGGACCAAAGCUGGAGAUCCGAUAGAAGCAAAGAGCAUAGGAUUGGCGAUAGCAACAAAACGUCCUAAAGAAUUCGGUCCCUGUCCCGUUGGGUCAGUAAAAACGAAUAUUGGGCAUACAGAAUCAGCAGCCGGGGUAGCAGGUCUUAUAAAGAUUUUACUCAUGAUGGCACACGACCAGAUUGCACCUUCCAUUAUUUUCAAUAGACAAAACCCAAAGAUUGACUUUGAAAAGUUAAACAUAAGAUUGCCGAAAGAGACUGAGGCUUGGUCCAAACAUCCUGAAAAACCACGACUAGCCUCGCUCAAUUGCUAUGGAUUUGGAGGAACAAACUCUUUUGGAAUAGUCCAACAGCACUCGCAAGAUGAGACACCAACUUGUGAAAUGCGCACAAAGGUGAUAGUUGUCAUUUCAGCUAACAACGCGUUAUCUCUGAAAGAAUCAACAAAAGACUUGUUGACAAGUUUAGAGACAGUUGAAAUAGAACUUAAGCAGCUUGCAUACACUUCGACUGUCAGACGAACGCACUAUGAUAGGAGGAUCGCUAUAGUCGGUGCCGACAUUGCAGAGAUAAAGAAAGGACUAGAAGUACAUCUAGAUACUAUUGAUACAAAGCAGAAACAAAAGGAAAAGCUUCAAACAAUAUUUGUAUUUUGUGGGAUGGGGACUCAUUGGCUUAGUAUGGGUGUUGAGAUGCUUACAAACCAUGUUAAGAGUGCUUUCUCACAGACUCUAAUUAGCGUCGAUGAACAUAUCUCAAAGAGCGAAGGAUGGUCAUUGAUCGACAAGUUAAAAACUCAAAGUGAUUUAUCCGACCCUUCUGUAGGCCAACCUGCAAUAUUUGCGAUAGAAGUGGCUCUUGCACGACAGUGGAUUGAGUGGGGCAUUAAACCAACCUGUAUUAUAGGUCACUCUGUGGGAGAAGUAGCAGCAUGCUGUGUUGCUGGAAAACUAUCUCUGAAAAAUGCAACCGAUGUAGUGGUAGCACGUGGGAAAUGCAUCCAGGAAGCGAGUGGAGGGAGCAUGCUUGUUGUGAGCAACUUUGACAUCACGCGUAUCAAACAAGAGGCCGAUACUUUCGAUGUAGAGAUUGCUGCAAUAAAUAGUCAAACAUCGUGUACACUGUCCGGAUCUAAAAAGAACAUUACAGCAAUGCUCGAUCAUCUCAAUGAUGUAAAACAGGCAGAAGGCAUCAAUAUAUUCCUACGAGAGCUAGACGUAUCGGUUGCCUACCAUAGUAGAUUCAUGGAUCCUAUCUUGGGAAAACUGAAGACUGAAUUGAACCACCUCAGUCUGCAUCCUCCAUUGAUUGAACUACAUAAGCCGCAUUUCAUAUCAUCGGUCACUGGUGUACCUGCAACGGGAAGUGAUUAUAAUACGGUUGAGUACUGGUUGCGAAAUGUAAGGCAGACAGUCUUGUUCAGGGAUGCCAUGGAAACAGCGAUUGAUAGCUCGUGCCAUAACAUAAUUCUAGAGGUCGGACCACGACCAGCAUUGAGGAAAAAUAUAAAAGACAUCGUCGGAAAAUAUCCUCAUACAAUUUUGCCAUCAUUCAAACAGAACGAAGAAUGGUCCUGCCUGAUAGCUUCCCUAGGGCAAUUGUAUGAACAGGGUUUGGACGUAGAUUGGAAUAAGGUUUUCCUCGUAAAGUAUACACCAAUUCCAUUCCCAAGGUAUCAAUUCAAACGUAAUCAUUUGAAAUAUUACCCAGAUGAGGCAGAAAUUCUGUACAAAACCGGAGAUGUUGGAAAUGUUGGUAUAUUACAAACACAUCCCUUCAUAAAAAGCUGCCUUGAUGAAGGACAUUUUGUAUGUGAUGUAAAGAGAAACACAAUGCCAUUUGUAUUCGACCAUAAAUCAUCAAAUAGGAUAUUAAUUCCUGGUGCAACAUACGCAGAACUAGGCAUGAGCUGCUCCAUGAUGUGUAACAAGCGACUGGCUCUUUCUGAAUGUGCGUCAACUUUCAUUCAGUUCAUCAGUCCAUGUACGCUGGAAAGCGACAACUCUACGAGGAAACUAGACAUACGCAUUUCCAACGAGAAAAGCAAUAUCACAGAAUUUACAAUCAGUUCUGAAAAAACGACCCAUGCAACUGGCUCAACGACAAUUUUCGAAAGUUAUACAGGUGAAACAAGCAUUGACGUUAAGCAGAUUGAAGCCAGAUGUCCAACUGAGAAAGAUGGAACUGUCAUGUAUAAACAAUUAGAGAAAUUUAAGUUUACUUAUGGCCCUAGUCUGCAGGGAAUAAAAAGCUACAAAACUAAUGGCAAAGAGUGGCUCUUGAGGUUUUCAACUCCAAAAUCGAUCGUCGAAGAGAAAGACAGGAUGCUCAUUCACCCGUCAGUCCUGGACAACAUCCUCCAAGCUCUUGCCCUUGUUCCAGUAGAUGGGGCCAUUGCAUUUCCGUUUGAACUCGGAAAAUUGACAGUUCGAAAAAGCAUACCUUCUGAUGCUUUGAUCUACAUAAGAUCAGAAUCGACCCAAAGAGAUUGUAUCAUCUGUCAUGCAGCAUUGCUGACAAACACUGGUGAAGUCAUAGUUGAAUGCAAGAACAUAAUAUUGCGUUUGCUUACGGGAGAGAAGAUCUUGCACCAACCUGAUGUUUCAUACAGUAUACAUUGGGAGAAAUUGCAGACUGUUAGUCACCUUGGAAAUAUGUCCAACUCAAAGAAAUGUCUUAUUCUGGAAGAUACAAAUGGAAUAUUGAAGAAGCUACGGCCGUUUGUCAAUACAGAAUCGACAUUCAUCUCUCCCCCUACAGUGGACUCUUACGAAGACUUCAUAGGAAGAAAUCUUUCCUUAGAAAACAUACUGAGAUGUCACACUGACACCUUGGGCGAUUAUGAAUUAGUUAUAUUUGCCUGGGGAAUUCCUGAGAUAGAAGACAUUGAUAUUCAAUCUAGGAUGGUUCAAGUUGAAACACCUAUUUUGUUUGCAUGUUCAGCACUGAGACAACUCGUCCAAUGUAUUCAUAGAGUGUCUUCUAAGACGCCUCUAUAUAUCGUAACAAAAGGUUCGCAGGUUUUUCACGAUAUCGGAUCACCUAUUGAUCUCUGUGGCAGCUCUAUUUGGGCUAUGACUCGAGCAUUUGCAAGGGAGAGAGUCUUUGAUCACCUUUUUCUGAUAGACUUUUCAACUGGUUGUAACUCAGAAGUUGAAAACUUGGUGCAUCAUAUAUACCGAACCCCUGACCAUCCUGAAUUGGUAUUUAAAGCUGAUGAGGUCUAUACAAACCAGAUCAAACCGUACGUUAGUCGCUCAACUGACCAUCGAUUAGCCAUCUCAGAAAGCAAUAAUACCAAUGGAGUACUUGUAUCAGCUGCACCGGCGGCAAUAACUGAUCCAUCUUUUAUUAUAAUGAAUAGAGAUGCUCCAACUGAACCUAGAAAAUCAGAAUGCCUUGUACAUAUUGACACGUUUAGGGUAUGUAGAAAUGAUUUGGUUCAGCUAGACAAUUCAGAAAGCAAUGCCCUUGAUGUCGAACCCUGGGGGGUGACAUCUCACAAAUAUGGUUACCCCAUAAGGACAGUUGAUUUCGUUGGCCGUGCCCAAAUUCAAAACAAAAAAAGAAUUGAAAAGGUCCUUGUGUGUUAUCCUCAUGUAGUUCAAAGGAAUGUGGUUGUUCCUAAGAAAUGUGUUGUCCCUUUGAGCAACAUUCCGAUUUUUGCAAAAUCGACUUGCAUGUCACUGUGUGUCAUUGGUUGGGAAAUUAUCGUUAACCAUCUUAAAAUGAAAAUUUCAGCCAUUUACAUGUGUGGAUUUGAACAACACAAAGACCUCGGUCACGUUCUACGGAGUCUUCUUGAAGCAUCUCGUAUACAAAUUGUAAAGGAUAUCGAAAAGUCAAGUCAUGUAAUUAUUCUCGUUGACGACAAACUUUCCAAAGAAGACAUUCAAAAGAUGCGAAUGGCUGAAACACUGAGGCAAAUCGUUGUUAUAGAAACAAUAAAUUCAACCAAAUACAGUAACGUUGUUUGCCAGUCUCUCAGCCAUAAGUCAGAUAUAUCCAUUUUACAAACACUACUGGUGCUCAGUCCAUACAACUUACAGCGAAACCUUGGAAAAGUCAUUGAUUGGAUAAAAUCUGUAAAACCGAUUCUGAGUAGACUUCAAGUCCACCAACUUACAGAAUCAUCAGAUUUCAAUGCCCUCAAUGAUCGUGAUGCUGACAAUGAAGCCAUUUAUGUCUGUAACUUAAAACAACGUCUCCGCGAGGAUGGAUUAUCGGGGAAGCAUUGUCUCAGAGGAAAAUGGCGAAGUAAUUCAGAGAACAACACACUUGGAGAACUGAACGGAGACGUUUAUUCAAUUCAAGAAUGUACAAAGUCAUUUGAACAGUUGCCACGAAGUUGCGAUAACAAUAACCCAGUGAUUGGCAAUUCAGUGAGUCAAUGUUUCCCGGUUUAUGUUGGACAAGAGUAUUUAUUUAGACCAGAUGCAGCUUACAUCCACGUGGGGGGCACAAGUGGCCUCACAGCAGAAUUGAUAAAACAUAUGGCAGAAAAGAGAGCUGGCUAUCAGAUUGUUCUGUCAAGGUCCGGUGGGAAGAAAACUGAGGAAAUGAUCAAUAUCGAACGUGAAUUUGGUGUCAACAUUAUUACUCUUACUGCUGAUGUCACCAAAUUAGAUACACUGCAUAUUGCGGUUGGGGAUUUCAAUCAACUUCACCCUGGAGUACCAAUUAAGGGAAUAUUUAAUGGAGCAGUCAUUCUUGACGAUGGACCCUUAGCGACUAUGGACGAGACAAAGUUCCAAGGGCCGACAAAACCUAAAAUACAAGGUUCGUGGAAUCUCCACCUGUUGUCAUUGGGUAUGGAUUUAGAUUUCUUCGUGAUGCAUUCUUCAAUGGCAUCAAUAUUUGGAAACCCUGGUCAGAGUAACUACUGUGCUGGUAAUGGUUUUCAAGAUGCCCUAUCACUUUAUAGACGGUAUCAUGGAUACCCUUCUUUGACAAUCAAUUGGGGAGCUUUGGAUUUAGGAAUUCUGAAGAGCAAUUUGAGGGCUCAGAGCGUACUCAAGAAAGAUGGCAUAAACAUGUUAGAUGCUAGAUGCAUUGGCGAAUGCUUUGACUUUGCACUGACGGCUAAUCCCGAACAAAUUUCUUUUGUGAAUGCCAACUGGAAGACAAUAUUCAAAUCAAGAAAUAUCAUGUUAGGAAUUAUUGGGAGAAGAUUUGCCGAUCUGAUGAAAAUCCAUUCCCCGGAAACAUAUGAGAUUCUCUCAAAAGGCGCUCAAGCAGAGGAUGAAAGAGUCUCAUUAUCUGGUGAUCUCACGAAAACAAGAGGUGUUCGUGGAAAGUUGAAGAAUCUAUUGGCAAAAUUAGUGAUGACUGAUGAAGAUCAGAUGAACGACUCGACGUCAAUUGUAGAAUUCGGUAUAGAUUCAAUAGUUGUAGUUACUCUUCAGUCAGAUAUAUCGAAUACUUUUGGCGUAGAUAUUCCUAUUGUGGACCUACUGAGUGACACUACCACAAUUUCAUAUCUAGUAAAGAAAUUAGGUGGUGACUCUGAAGGUGACGAGACAGGUGAUGAAGUUCAAAUGUAUGACUUGACCCCUGACGA